GGGGAGGUGACCAAUGAAGAGCUUUGGGACCUCGUGGAUGUUGGGCCCGAGUUUGAGCAUCAUGAGGCCAUUGGUCAAGUUGCCGCGCCGGUCCAAGAGAAAGACCCGGCUGGAGAGAUUGUUGUUGAGCUCGGAGGGGGUCUCGUGAAAGUUCAGAGGUGGGUGGUGGCAGCUAAGAACGAGAGGGUCGACGGGAAAGAGACACCCAUAGUGCGAUGCAGGAUUGUUGCCAGGGACUACUCCACAGGUCCCUCCGCGUCACAGCUCGGGAUAAGCUCUCCCACGGCAUCGGCCAAGGCUUUGAAGUUGUUCCUUGCUGCCAUUGGGGCAGAGGGUCUCAAUAUCUUGGGGCUUGACGUGUCUACCGCGCUCCUCUUCGCAUGGCUUGGAAAUGAGAAGGUCGUUGUUAGCGUGCCAGAGGGUUGUGUUGGACCAGGGGGUGAGAAGCUGUACCUCCGUCUGAAGAAGGCCCUGUAUGGGCUCAGGUCCGCCGCUCUGCAUUGGACUCGACAUCUCUCCGGGCUGUUGGGAAAGCUCUUUGGUCUACGACCGUGCCCGACCGAACCGUGUCUUUUCACGGGGUACUUCAGAAACAAGAGGGUUUUCGUGCUUAGCUACGUGGACGACCUGCUCUUGGCAGGAGCAAGCACAGAGGAACUCUACGAGAUGGUCGAAAUGCUUCGGAAGGAGCUCAAGCUCAAGGUCACGGCAGACCUUGCCAAAGACGGGAAGAUCCUUUAUUUGGGCGGCGAGAUAUUGAAAUCUGAGCCAGGAGGGGAUCUGAAGAUGUUCCUGAGGAGUACAAUGAGUACAAGCUAG